AUGUCCAAGAGACCAGCACCAGAAUGCAUGACGUCCCAAAUCAUUGACAACUCCGUGAGAAUGGCAGUAACAUUUCAAAUGAAGGAAUUUACGGACAAGGCAGCCUUGUAUAAGAGACCAGUUCGCCAGAUGAGGUGCAAAUUCUGCUACCAAGAACACGAUACCGCGGACUGCUCAACCAUCCCGCAAGACGAGAAAAUUGCCACAGCCAUCCAAGAAAGACUCUGUCUUACAUGCCUCACGCGUGCUUUUCACAUACCGGUGAAUUGCGGAAGACUGAAGCAGAAUCACCUCUUGUGCCAAAACAAGACUUGCGGCAAAAACCGCGAGUAUCACCACGCAUCUAUCUGCAACAAAACCGAAACAACGAACUCAGGCACAGGAUCCAAAAUCCCACUGGUCGACAUUAAUUUGUAUUCCUUAUAUUCUUUAAAGCGACGCCGCUGCAGCAAACGAGUGAGGAAAUUACGGUCAGAAAAAAAGCAUUUUUCCGUCGGUGUAGUCUUUUUUUCUGGUUUUUAA